AUGAAGGCUCAGACCUACUCCCUCUGCUCUGCCCAAGUCAACCUGGACCUGCUGGUGUCUGCUCAGCUCUUCCUGGAGGUCCUCAGACUUUGGAUCUUCCCCCCAACAAUACUAACUUCUGUAGUCAAUCAUGGCUGCUGCCAGGUGGUCUGGACUAACUCAUGGCCAUGGGGCAACCACAGACUUUCUGGCUGGCUCUCCUGGUCCUCCCGUGGUUCCCUUUUCACGCUGAUCACACCCCGCUUUGUUUUCAUUCUAGUGAAAGCCGGUGGAAUGCGAAUUGUGCAGAAACACCCACAUUCUGCAGACACCAAAGAAGAGAGAGACAAGGAUGACCAAGAAUGGGAGAGCCCCAGCCCGCCCAAACCGACCGUGUUCAUCUCCGGUGUCAUCGCCCGGGGCGACAAAGACUUCCCCCCGGCGGCCGCCCAGGUGGCUCACCAGAAGCCCCACGCCUCCAUGGAGAAGCACGCGUCCCCGAGAACCCAGCACAUCCAGCAGCCUCGCAAGUGACCGGCGAGGACCGGGAGCCCUCACCAGCCGUGCCUCGGUCCCCCGACAUUGGGUAUUUCCCCCGCAAAGAGAACCGCAUUUUCUUCAAAACACAGCCCUGCUGGGAAAUCUGAGGCAGAGCAGAGCGCCCUUCCUUUGCCUU